AUGGGAUCACGGGAUUUGAUCCAUAAUGGCCAGACAAAUCUAAUGGAAUCUACCAUGAUUGAACCAGUGGAAGGUGAAAUCAAAUCACGAAUGCCACCUCUGUUCACCUCGCUUUCAUCACUAAACAUGAAAGAAAAGCGAAGCAAGCUACAUCGAGCUAAAGCGGGGAAUAAAAAUAGGUUGGGUAGGACUGCUGGUUUAGCCAAAGAAGUAGGAGUGGACGCACUGCAGCUCAACCUGGAAUGGUGCAAGGAAAAGAUGCUUAGCUUUUCUGGAGGCAACAAUGACUUCAAGGAAAUGCAGAAGGCUCAUUAA